AUGUUCCUGGUUGUGUUCUCAGUGGCUUCUGCCCAGAUCUCAAAACCAAAUAUUUUCAAGCUAGAAGAGAAUCAAAAGCCUGAACUUACUGUAAAGACAAAAAAUGAAGCUAAUCCUGGGGGAGAGAAGGAAUCUAACAAACAGGGAGGUAGUCUCUCACAAGGAAAACCAGGGAUGUUAGUUCUGCAAAGACAACCAGGAUUUUCCAACCAGGCAGGGAAACCAGUUAAUGGUCAUCAGCAAGGGAAGCCAGGAAUGUUGAACCAGCCUGGGAUGCCCAGUGCUCUGAUUUUGCAAGGGAAGCUAGGAGGAUCUAAUCAAAAAGGGACUCCACAUGCUUCUAGCAAGCAAGAAGAAUCAGAAUUGUCUAGUCCACAAGGAAAGCCAGGGUCUCCCACCCAGAAAGGGAAGCCAUCGUUGCCUAAAGACAAGCUCGAGUCUGUUAGCCAAAAGGGGAAGCCAACGUCACUUAGCAAUAAAGGCAAGCCUGGGUCAUCUGACCAAGGGAAUUUAGAAACCUCUAGCCAACAAGGGAAACCAGGAUCCUCUAGCCAACAAGGAAAACCAGGAUCCUUUAGUCAACAAGGAAAACCAGGAUCCUUUAGUCAACAAGGGAAACCAGGAUUCUCUAGCCAACAAGGGAAACCAGAACAUUCUAGCCAACAAAGGAAGCCAAGGACAUUGUAUAAUCAAAAAGAAAGAAAAUGCAUGGAUAACCUUUCAAAGGAUAAUACAAUGAGGAUACAGGAUGAGUAA